AUGGUGCCGCUGAGUGCGGUCGUCCUGCCCCUGCGGUCGCGUCGUGAUUGUACAAAGCAGGAUCCCUUCAGGAAGGAGGGCGAGUUGAUUCGAAAAAUUGUGGCCACAGCUGUGAAGGGGGGAUUCGCUGAGGUGGAAGAGGAGAUCAACAGCUUUAAGGGCGAGAUUAAGGGAGUAAUCAACGAGGUGAAGGUUGAGGUCGAGGGAGGGUUCGACGACACCAAGACCGAGUUGCGUGACGUGAAGGACGAGGUGGAGGGGGGAUUUGGCGACACCGUGACCGGAUUGCGUGACGUGCAGCAGGAGGUGAAGGACGGGUUCGACACGAUGCAGGGAAGCCUGGACAAGGUGCUAGAGAGCACCCAGGAAAGCCUCGUGCGCCUGAAGGACUUGCAGGCCCCGAACUACCGUUACCCUCGUCUUGUGGUCGUCAAGCAGGCUGGAAUUAGUGGCAGAUCUUCGAAGGUCACUGGGUGGAAGAGGUUUCUUCCGAGCAAUCUUCGUGGCUUGGCGAAGAAGGACAUGACACUUCAUUUCUUGUGCCCGGUCGACAUGACGAAGAGGUGCCGUGCGGCUAUGGUGGUGGCCGUGGUGACCGCGAAGGUGGCGCUGAAAGCGACGACAGGGCUGAAAGUGGAUAUCUCGGAUUUCCUGAAGGACGUGAAAGAUGGAUUGGUCGAAGAACUUGUCGACCGCACUCUCGACGAGGACGCGCUGCUUCGUGCUGUUUUGGGCCGCGAUGGUGAUGGCUACAUAGACUUCAGGGAGGAGAUGAAGCGUCUUACCAACGGAAGGGGCGGGAUGGUGUGGGUUCGGAACGACAACGUUCAAAAGUGGUUGGAUUUGCAUGCGACUGCCGCUCCAACUCGCUAG